AUGGGAACAAAGACUGGCAUUUCUUUAACUCUUAGAAUAAGCAAUACACCACCUUACCCGGGCCAGAACACACUAAUAAUCCGGCUAUCAGGAGCUCAGUACGGCCAGGAGCAAUACGAUUGGAACUUUACCUCUGUGCCUCAGCCUCGCCUCAACAAUCGCCGGGUCAACCAAUGCUGUGGACGGCAACUGGGCGGCUCAUCAGUUCUGAACUUCAUGCUGGCCUUGGACCCGUACCCGUCAAGAGCCAUCAUCGAUGCAUGGGGAAAACUUAGCAACCCUGUAUGGUCUUAUGAUGUCCUAGCACCCGAGGGAUACAUGACAGAGCUCAACGAAGCUUGGAUCAGAACCUUCUCGAAUCUCGGUUUAGACAUGGCGGUCGAUCUGCGGACUGGCAAGGCUCAUGGAGCUUUCCAGAACGCUGCAACGAUUGACCCGAAAACCCACACCCGCAGCUGGGCGGCCACUCGUUACUUGAAGCCUGACGUUCGCAGUCGCUCGAACCUCGUCGUUCUGACAGAAACAAUUGUCAAGAGGACUGUGUCAUCUUCCGAUGGUGUACCAGAACUUCGAGAUGAGCACGGGAUUCCUUCAGCCGACCCAGUCCUGCGCGAUCCAAGUAUAGCCGAUGUCUUGCUGGAAGGAUAUAUCACAUUGGGAGGAUCAGGCCCAUUGGAUCAAAGCAACAUCAGUGUUGCAUACGCACCCCUCGCCGAUCACCAUGGCCCUGUAACCGAACAAGGUCGCCAGACUCUGCUUGAGAAGCACUCCGGAAGCCUUCGGUCCAAGUUCCAGCCAGGUAGUUCUCGGCAAUUCGAUGUCCAACUAUCACUGGCUAAAGAAUCCGAGGAGCCUACGGCAGAAUAUCUGCUUUCCCCAUCGAAUGGAUCUUACCCAGACGAACCCAAUAGCCUGGCCGAUAUUCUAGUUUCAUCAAGGCCUGAGAAAUUUAUCACAAUCAUGACCGUGCUCAAUCAUCCUCUCUCCCGAGGUUUGGUGCAUGUUGCUUCGCCAGAUAUCAAUGUCAAGCCGACCUGGGACCCGAACUACAUGAAGGAGCCUCUGGAGAUGGAGAUCAUAGCGCGUGGUAUACAGUUUAUGGAGAAAAUUGUAGACACAGACCCUUUUAGCUCUAGCGUAUUGAAACGCGGCGGCGUUCGGUUACCCGACAUCGUUGACGACUUGGAAAAGGCGAAAGACCUCGUCCGCCAGCGCCAGCUCUCCAUUUUCCACGUGGCUGGGAGUUGCGCGAUGCUGCCCGAGGAUGAAGGAGGGGUGGUAAGCGAACGAUUGCGCGUAUACAGAACGAAGAACUUGCGUGUCGUCUAUGCAAGUAUCUUCCCCCUGGAACCUCUUGGAAAUUUUAUAUCGACAGUCUAUGCAGUUGCCUAA